GCAGGCGCGUUGGCGGCGGGCUGAGAUUUAAAGGGCCAGGAGCAGCGGCUGUUGCCCCUUUUGGGGUGGCUUCCCUAUUUCUGUCGGUCUGGGCGGCGCCUGUGCGGGAAGAUGGUUUGUGGGGGCUUCGCUUGCUCCCGCAAUGCGCUCUGCGCCCUCAACGUCGUUUAUGUGCUGGUUGGGCUCCUGCUGAUUGGCGUGGCUGCCUGGGGGAAAGGCUUCGGCAUUGUCUCCAGCAUCCACAUCAUCGGAGGGGUCCUUGCUGUGGGGUUCUUCUUGCUUCUCAUCGCCAUCGUGGGGCUCAUCGGCGCAGUCAACCAUCACCAAGUCAUGCUCUUCUUUUACAUGAUCAUUUUAGGGCUAGUCUUUCUUUUCCAGUUUGGCGUCUCCUGUUCAUGUCUGGCUCUCAGCAAAAGCAAACAGGAAAGUCUCUUGAGCAGUGCCUGGGGAAUGCUGGACAACGAGACCAGGAGCACGUGGGAAAAAAGUUUGAACUGCUGCGGCUUCUCUAACAAAUCUACCCCAAAAGACAACUGCAAUGCGGCAUGUUGGAAUUCAUCUUCUGUGUGUGUCACGUGUGGUACAAAGAUGAUGGAGCACGCAGACGAGGCCUUAAAAAUCCUUGGAGGAGUCGGGCUCUUUUUCAGUUUCACAGAGAUUCUUGGAGUAUGGCUUGCGAUGCGCUACAGGAACCAGAAAGAUCCCAGAGCGAACCCCAGUGCCUUUUUAUAGAACCUCCUCUUCCUUCCCUCGUCGUUAUUGACAUCUCUUCGUGUGCUCCUUCCUCCAUUUCCCAUCGCUCAGGAAUGAUGGAGCCACGUGAGGGAAGGUGGGACUUUGCCACUGCUCCAGUCCGCUGAUUGGAUGAAACAGCAAAGGUUGCAUCCUUGACAUGAAGCUUUUGGUAGAUGGCAAAAAAAAAAAAAGUCAUUAGCAGCAAGCAACUGAGGACGAUCCAUGUUUGCCACGUCUCUCAUUUGGUUGCUGCUCAUAGUUACAAUCAUUCUUGUGUUUUUAAAAUAUGCAUUUUUUUUUGGUUGUGUGUAUACUUUUUUUUAAAAAACAACUUGACCUAGAGCUUCUCUGCAGCGGUCCUCAUGGUGCCGAAGCGAAUUGCUUGGUCCAGAUGCAUAAACAAAGCGAUGUUUCUGCCACAAGCUGCCUUUCAGAGAAUGUGUCAGCCCUUCACACUUUGUCUCUGCUGUGGCAGACGUGAGUAGGUGUGAUAAAACACAGGAGUUGCCGCAUGAAUCAACGCUCUGUGAAGGAUUAGGUUCCAGCCAAACGCACCUGGCUGCAGGUAAAUUAUGGCUUGUUGGGUUGUGAAAAGUUGUUUUAAAUCUGUAAAUUGAAGUAAGUCUUAAUGUCCCGAUUUGCAGGCCUGGGGUACUGCUUUCCUGAGAGGGCAGCAAGGGACCUGUGCAGAGAACAGGAUUCCCCCUAAGAGGUGUCAGGUCACCACCUCUCCCAGGGAUUCUUAAAUGGCUUAAAAGUGGUUGAGCUCUCCCGACUUGUACCAAAAGAAUAAUUGGAAAUGUCGUCUCAGCAUAUUAAGUAAUGUCGCUUUAAAGAAUGACAGUUCUCGUAAUUCCUCGAUUAGAGAAAUGGGCUGGGAAUACAGCGCAGAUCUGUGCUGCCCUUUUCAGGUUCCUAAUCCUGUACUCAUUUGAUGCAAUGUAAAGGACAUAUGAGGGAUUUUUUUUUUGUUUAAAGAAUAAGGCUAGUUCUGUAGGGGCCCCAAGACAGUGGCUUCCCUUCCCUUGUCUUAAUCCUUUGAAAGAAGAAAUGUCAUUUCAGAACACCGGGAAGGACUGGAGAAAGUGAAACCACUAUUAAUCUGGAAACAGAAAUAUUGUAAACUUACACUCUAGUUACCUCUGUUCUGUUAUUUUCUUGAAACUUAUUUUUUUCCCCUUGAAAAGCCCUGUCUUGGCUCGUUUUAGAGGAAUGAGGGGGUAUCUCAGCAUAUGGUUACCACCUGUUUCUUUCCCUUGACAGAAAAGGUUUUGGGGGGGGGGGCGUCAUUUAUUUGGAGAGACUGCAGCAGUGUAUAAAAAGCCAGUGGGUGGCAGAGGCCUCUCUUUUGUGGCGUUAUGCCUUCUCGCCUCUAUGGGCGGUAAGUAGCUGUUUCGAGGCUUCUUCCAGGGCAAAAAUCGUGGAAGGCAAACGCUAGAAGCUUGCUCUUCUCCAGGUCUCAGCCACGGAAGCAGGAGAAAAUACACAGCCUGGUGGUGCGAGAGCGGGCUUCUUCCAUUUUCUGCUGUAGCACCUCUGCCUCAAUCAGUUUCAGGCACGUAGCGAGGAAACAUUGCUGCUUCUUCGGCAGAAAAACCGUUCCGUCUAGGGGGGGGGAGGACAACCUGCAGAUUGCCUUUGGGGAAGCUUUCUGAGCUGCUGCACCCUAGUGGCUGUUCCAAGUAUGACCAGCAGCCUCUUAUUUAGAGAGAAGUCCUAGAGUGUUAGUUGUAUCUUCUGUAGUAUUUAAAAACAGGCUCCUGAGGACGGGAGCUGCUGGAAGUAGGUUAGUAGCCCGUGCAGAUGCAGCGGGACAUAAAUGUUCAAUUCUCAAAUUGGACAUUAAAGCAAACCACCUGCCAGUUGUAUCAAGACUGAUGCCACGGGAAUGUGGAGAAGGGAGCAGGAGUGUAGAUACUCAGUAUUACAAGCUACAGAUGAGUUUUACUUGCUGCCUAAAGGUAAAGGGGAGUCCACUCUCUUACUCAAGCCUGUUACUAUUGCUUCAUUCCCCACCGUUACUUAUACCGGCUGAAUGAUGCCAGAGAGAAUUCCGGGCCAACAACGGACACAAACUGACAAACUGAUGUGCACUUUACACAGGUGGCAGGUUGGAAAAAAAGCUGCUGUGACCUCAGAGCCAGGUGGUGCUAAAUGCUGCCACCACUUCCCCACCAAUCCCAGUUCACCGUAUGGGAAGGGGCUAGGCUGAGGCCUGCUUAAUCACAAAACGGCAACUGCACUGGUUACAUCGGUGAAUGGAUCUCUCUCGAUGCCGUGUUAUUUGCUAGUAACUACCCUCAGUCUGCACAUGAGCAGUAGGAAGGGUAGAAGGGAAGAUGGUAUAAACAGAGAGGCCUUGCCUUUACCCUAACCUUGAAAAUUUGAUAGCAGAAGCUCAGACCAGAUGGAUUUCAGCUCUCCACUGUUAUGUGCACCUGGACUGCUGCCAUUGUAGAAACUGGCAUUACCUUAUUACAAGCCAUUUGAAUAAACAUGUCAAACCCUUAA